UGGUGUGGAAUGCCAGACUUGUUUUUCCUGUUCCCGCCAGCGUGGAGAGCCGCCUUAGUAAGCGAGUUCUCGUUUGCAGCAGCAUUACAAGUUUAGCCAUGGCAGCUUGACAUGGUGAGGAUGAGGUGACGAAGCUCUAGCAGUUUUGUAACACCAUAGGAUGAGACCGGGAAAAGAAAUUCAAUGUCUGUGAGAUUAUUGUGGAGGGGGAACCAGGAAAAUUGUGUUAGAUGAAGCUUCAUCACUUCCAUGGACUCACCACCAACGCAAAGGAAAGCAGACUGCAUGUUUUGUGUAUUCCUUCACGUGUAGACAGUUGAAAGGUCUCAAGUGUUGCAGCAGAGUGACAGUGACAUAAAGGCUGUCCUCCAGAUGGCGCCACACACACACACACACACACACACACACACACACACACUCAUGUCAUAGUUAGAUCAUGAGUGUGCUUCAUGGUUUGCGUGUGCUUGCAGGUGGCGUGUGGUGAACAGCAGGAGGCGCGGGUGGCCAGUGACGCCAGCAGGUUCUUGUCCGCAGCAAGAGGAGGGCUUGGGAGUGCUGCAGCAUUUAGGCUUGGCCGGGGUGAACAGGGUGGCCAACCCGAAGGAGCCUUGGUCAAGGCGAGUGGCAUGGGCGGCGGUUCUGGCGUGCGGGUUGGCGGGGACCAUCUUCCUUAUCAGCGAUAAGGCGCAGCAGUACCUGAGGCGGCCCACCACCAUGAGGGUCUCUUACGAUGACGCCAACCUCACCGCCCUGCCCGGCGUCACCAUCUGCCCCAGUGACAAAUUUGACUUCCACAACCUGCUGAGGCUGUGGCGGAAGGCUGGGCGGCGGGACAAAAUGCCCAAAGACGUAGACCUCAAGCUGCUCGGCGUGUCCAACCUGACCCUAGAGGAGGUGUGGCGCCAGGGGGGCUUCCACCUGCACCGACUUGUGGCACAGUGCUACGUGGGGCCCGGCAGGCGGUGUGAGGGGCACGGCGUGUGGCGGUCAACAUUCACUCGUUACGGCCUGUGUCACACCUUCUCUGGGGCCUUCACCUCCACGCCCGGCCCUCACUUCGGCAUUUAUCUUCAGCUUCGUUAUCGUGGACACCCAUACGGAUACAAAUUUCGGGGAUUUAAGGUGGCGGUGCACGAUCCCCUACGCCUGGCAUCCGAGGCCAUUGAGGACGGAAUGCCCUGUCCUCAGAAGAUCACCAAAACGCGCAGGAAGCUUGGCUGUCACCGCCUUGUGUCUGUCACGCUUCAGCACGUGCAGCUCUUGGACCGCACCUCACGCCCGUGCCGCCAGAAAGCCAACUACAGCAGCAAGGUAUGCCGCCUCACGUGUCUGCACGCCCACGUCCUGCGGCGCCACGGCUGCAGGCUGCCGUAUAUGCUUGGCGAGGGGCGAGCCUGCAGGACGGAGGAGGAGGUGAGGCGCGUGUCUGGGGCCAUCUACCACCUGCAUGACUACGGCCGCUUCAACUACACCGCCGCUUGCGACUGCCCGCCCGCCUGCUCCCUCAGCAUUUACCGCGCCAACACUGACACCACCUGGAACACUCAGAGGAACUCCGUCGUCAAGGUGUUCAUGGAAGGCACGCAGAGCGAGCGUGUUGAGGAGUCUUACGCCUACCCUGUGCCGGCCCUCGUUAGCCACAUUGGAGGCUUCAUGGGACUCCUCCUCGGCGCCUCCAUCCUCUCUUUCCUCCAGCUGCUCGAGAUUCCCCUCCUCAAAGCCUACGCACUUGCUGUCUGGGCGCUGCAGGAGUGUGGGAGAAUGUUGGGUAGGAUGGGAGUGCGGCGCCAGGCGUGGACUUCAGUAGGGAGUGGCUCCCUUCACCAAGCGACACGAAAGGAGCAGACUGACUGACAACCUGCUUCUU